UGACAUCCAAACCCGGAAGCGGCGGCCCCGCAGCGGAGAGCCAUGGAGAGCAGCCCGGACCCGAGCGGCUGCUUUCGCCUCAACCCGGCGGGAGACUGCGCCAUUUGUCUGGACACAAUCCAGAAGAAGAAAACCCUGAAGUGCCUCCACUCCUUCUGCUCCGGCUGCAUAGACUCUGUGUUCCGCCUGAAGCCCGCGUGUCCGAUAUGCAACACUUUCCACGGAGUUUACACCGGCACCCAGCCAAAGGGCUCCAUGACGGUGACCCGCAGCAGGCGGAGGCUGCCAGGCUUCCAGCACUGCGGGUCCAUUGUCAUUCAGUACAGCUUUCCUUCAGGGACACAAGGGCCGGAGCACCCAAACCCCGGGGUGCGGUACAGCAGCACCUCCCGCACGGCCUUCCUGCCGGCCUGUGAGGAGGGAGAGAAAGUCCUGAGGCUGCUGAGGAAAGCUUUCGACAGACGACUCACGUUUACAAUCGGACGAUCCGUCACCACAGGCCUCAACAAUGUCAUUACGUGGAAUGACAUUCACCACAAGACCAACGUAGACGGUGGACCACAGUGUUUUGGAUAUCCAGAUCCAUCUUAUUUGUUCAGGGUUCAGGAGGAGCUUCGUCUUAAAGGGGUGAUGGACGACGACUGA